CUGAGAGAGGAGGAAAGCUGGUGAAGGUUCACACUUAUUUUUCCUGCCACAUACAGAAUCACCCUCCACAGAAAGGAUUUAUCUUUUUAGUGUUCUUUUUUUGUGUCUCAAACCUUGUGGAUUUCAUGGACCUUGGACUGUGAUUCCUUCUGAGAAGUCUGAACAAUACUUUUUAUUUCUUUAACUUUAUGAGAGGACCUAAAAUUUUAUUACAAGACAUCAAUCAGAUUUACAUUUAAUUCAUAGUUUUGAUAAAGUCAUCAGCUGUACGGGGAUAUAGUUUGACAUGGGGCCUCGGAAGGCGCUACUUAUCCUGGGCUUAAUGUGUAUGCUGGGGGCAUGUUUCUCCCAGUGUGGCAGACACUUUCUCAAAAAGCACAGACAAUGUUUAGAUAUAUAUGAGUGUGGAGGAAUCAAGGAAGAAUGUCAGGGAAACACGCUGUGCCUCUACACACUUGGCAGUUACUACUGUCAGUGCAAGGAUGGGUUUACAAAUACUAAAAACAAAGUUUACUUCAAAUUGGGAGAGGAACGGUGCAGAGACAUUAACGAGUGUUACAAUAACACUGUGAUCUGCGGUCACAAGGCAGAUUGUAUUAACCUGAUUGGGAGCUACAAGUGCACCUGCCAUUCUGGGUACACUAAUCCCACCAAUAACCUCAAACACUGCAUAGACAUAGAUGAAUGCGAAGAAGCUGAAAUGAAAAAAGAAGACCUCUGUGGAAUAAAAGGGACUUGUGAGAACAUUAAUGGGAGUUACUGGUGCAUGUGUCCAAAAGGAUACACCAACUAUGGCAAUGAAAGGACUCCAUGCUCAGAGCUUGACUGUGAAACCUUCCAACCCAACAGCAGCCUUGCACAGUCUCUUAAAGGCCUGGAAGACAUUUCAUCCAUGAUGAGAGACAGCUGUUUGGCUCUGUCUAACCCACACAAUGCUAGUGAGGGGAAGACUGAUGGAGACGCGCUACUGGAGAAACUUCUCACAGCCAUCGAGGACAUCCUGUCCCCUGGUCACCUGAACCACAGGGAAGACGUGAGUGGUUUUCUCCAAACGGUGGAGGAGUCCAUUAGGCACAUUGGUCCACAGCUCAAAGACAGCAUUACUGAGAUGGAGACCACUGAGAUAGGUGCAAAGAUUGCAGUUCAGAGGGGAAAGACUCAACCCACUGGACCAAUCCUUCUGACCAAUGAAAAUGCUCGUCUCGACACUGACUGGACAACAGCAGCUGGGACGGGAACAUAUCCUGGCUUUGCUCUGGCUGCAUUGUUGACCUACAAGAACCUUGAGAAAUCUGUUAACAACUCCUUUGAGGAGCUCAAAGGACAUGAAAAAAAUGCCAAAAAUGCCUCCUCCUUCAAGAUCUCCUCUAAAGUUGUGUCUGUUGUGGUCUCCAACCCGUCCACUCAGAACCUGAGCAGCCCUGUGAACAUCACACUCAGACAUCUAAACGAGACAGCGGAGUCCUUUGAGGUGGAAUACAUCUGUGCAUACUGGAAUGACAGAGGGGCCUGGUCCAAAGAGGGUUGCCAUCAACAACAAACCAAUGCCACACACACUGUGUGUACAUGUGAACAUCUGAGCAGCUUUGCUGUGCUUAUGGCCCUCUAUCCCAUGACGCAUCCCUUUGCGCUCAUACUGAUAACAAAGAUAGGGCUGACCAUGUCCCUGCUGUGCCUGGUACUGUGCAUCCUGACGUUCAAGUUCUGCCGCUCCAUACAAGGGACACGCACCACCAUCCACUUGCACCUCUGUGUCUGCCUCUUCGUGGCUGACCUCAUCUUUCUGGCUGGCAUUUCGAAAACCGAACCUGUGGGCGGCUGCAGGUUUGUUGCAGCAAUGCUCCAUAUCUUCUUCUUGGGAGUGUUUAUGUGGAUGCUGCUGGAAGGGGUGCAGCUGUACCGCAUGGUGGUCCUGGUGUUCAAUGCCACCAUUCGGCCCCUAUACUUAUUCAUCGCUGGUUAUGGGACACCCCUUGUUAUCGUCAUCAUAUCGGCCAUCGUUAAUCCCAAGGGCUACGGCACUAAGGAGCACUGCUGGCUGUCACUGACAGACGGCUUCAUCUGGAGUUUCUUCGGCCCCGUGUGCUGCAUCAUCUUCCUCAACGUCUUCUUUUUCAUCAUCACCGUCUGGAAGCUCGCCCAGAAGUUCACCAGCCUCAACCCAGACCUCUCCACACUUAACAAAAUUAAGGCUUUCACAGUGACAGCUAUUGCCCAGUUGUGUAUACUGGGUCUGAUGUGGGUGUUUGGGGCCUUUCUGUUUGAAGAGGGCAUCGGUACAACAGUGGCAGCAUACCUCUUUACUAUCCUCAACAGCCUGCAGGGAGCACUGAUUUUUGUCAUGCACUGCCUGCUGUCUAAACAGGUUAGAGAGGAGUAUGCCUAUUUCCUCUCCUGUAUCUGCACACCACAGAAGAAGAGAUACUCCGACCUCAGCAGUACCAAUCCCUCCAGUAGUCAGUCACGAGGUUCUCAGAGUGGACAGCACACCGGAGAAUCCCAAAUAUGAAGAGCUAAAUCUCUUAUUCUACCCCAAAGACAGACUAUCACACUUUAGCAAAUCUGGGACAGGCAAGUCCUGAUUUUAAAGUUUUGGAUCACUUUAAAUAAAAAUCCAGUCAUUAUUAAUUCACCUUUAUGAAUUAAACUCUGUUUCUGUUGUACCAUUAAACCAGUGGUUCCCAACCUGGGGGCUAGUACCCCUCCAAGGGCUCAUAGGAGAAAUCAAAGGUGUUGUGAGUUGAUUAAAAAGAAGAAAAAAAACGAAACUAGUAUGUGAUGCACAAAUGAACAAUUAUGUUUAUUAUCAUAAGUUUUCUCUUUUUGAGAGUUUGACCUCCCCAGAACUCAAUUUGAGAAGAAAGCAUCACUCUUUGUUUGAUCUACUCAACUCUCAUCAACAUUUGCAACCUGUAAUGAGGAGCAGCAAGUAGGUGUUGCCCGACCAUAAAGGGUCACAGGCCUUUCUCAUCCUAUCGAAGUUAAUGAGACCACAUAUAUGUUUUUGCAACUCAAAAGACAAUUCCGACAAUAUGAGCAGCAGCAUCUGCCAAUCAAUUGCAUGAUGGGUGAGAAAGUCUUGCAUUUACCUCAUUAUUUUGCUGAUUUUCAUCACUGGUAAUGUUCUUCAGUGAAGUUGUAUCGAUAAUGACUGAAUUUUUAUUUUGGCCUAAAGAAAUCCUAUGAAUGUGUUAUUAUUGUUAUGGCGGGCAAGAAGUACCCAGCAGUUAAAAGUGUUUAUUCAAGAACUCUGUAAGUGAAAGUGAAGAUAUUUCAGUAGAUUAUUGGUUCAUCCAGAACAUAUCAUAAACAUAAUAUAAGCUGUAUUGCCUUUGGAGUGAUUAAAAGUGAUAUAGACUAUUUAUUUCAAAGUGCAGACUAUAAAGCCCACAUUAUGUAGGCUAUAUGAAUCUAUGAGCUCUUCAUGUUUAAAGCAAGAGCAAACAGCUCGUGCUGUAUUUUAUAUGAAUGUUUUGUGUAAAAAUAAGGGUAGAUGUGCUUUUGUGGUGUUUGUAGUGAAUAGAAAAUAUCUGUGUCUGUGUACUGUUUUUAACAGUAUGUUUUGGGAAAGAAACAAAGGACUGAUGAUGCAAAUUACUCAUGAAGUGCCUCUGAGGCUCUCUUCAUGUUCCAACAAACCCCAUGUGGACAUGCAGGGAAUUUAUGUCUGUUGUUUCUUGAUAUGAAACAAAAUUAGUGUUUUGCUUUUUUUCAAUCACUUGUGGCUAUUUUUGAAGAAUCUGUCUUGGUUUCAAAUUGAGCUGUACCUUUUUUUACUGGUGUAUGUUACAUUUUUUUAAUUCUUCAAAUUGUUCAAGGAAACAACAAAUCUGGUCCAAAAGGAUUGCUUUGGGAGAUACACAAAAACAGAUCCACCCUUCUGAUAAGCCUGCAGCUUCCUGCAGUCAAAUUAUGUUUGUGGAAUAAAAUUCCAUUUUGUCAUUAUGUCCUUAUUAUAGCAGUUAGCCUGCACCUCCACACGUUAUUGCUGUAAGCUUUCACAUCCCUGUGAUGUCAUGAAAACUUUAGCCGGUAUGAUGAGGCUUAAUGGGAGUUAUAUAGUCUGGAGUUUGUUUAUUUUAUUGCACUUUUCCUGUUUAAAAAUGAUAAUCCAGCAUGGUGCUUGGAAUAAUCAAGAAGACUUGAGAAUCAGUCUUACUUAAGAACCUGAACAGUUUCCUUGCUGUAAUAGAGCUAUCAAUGAUAUAUUUUUAUAUUUUAUAGAAAUUGAUCAGAUCACGUCAGCGACAUUGAUCUUCAGAGAAAAAAAGAAGACAUUUUGGAUUUCAUAUCUGUCUUUUUAUGUGAAUGGUUUUGUCCUAUGCUGUUUGUUUAUAUUUAAAUUGCUCCCUUUCUCAUGUGAGAUCCUGUUUAAGGCCAUGUAUGUGUUGGUUUUAACAACUAUAUUGUUCUUUCAUUCCAAGUGUGGCAGAACUUUUUUUUGUGACUGUUGAUACCUUUUAUUCAUGCAUUGCAAAAUGUAUUUUUAUGUGAAAAAGCUACAUGAAUUGUGCAGCAUCUUGUGAAUGUAAGAAUCUUAUCAUUAGAAUAUAUUGUAGAUUUUCUAGUUUGAAAGUAUAUGAAGCUAUUUUUCUACUUUGUUUUGUUGUACGUUGUUCGGUACUGUUAUCUUUAAAGAAUAUGCAACACAAAUUUUAUUAAAGCUUCAACUUCAUCUUAAGAA